AUGCCGUCACUCCACCCCGAAUGGAGCGCGUUUCUCGCACUCAAUCCCACCACCAGCCAUGACGAGAACGGUAGAAAUGAGCAGUUCCUCUCUUCCCCGGAAAACCACGCACUCGCUUCGCAAGUGUCAAGCUUUGAUACGACUGUCCCCGCUAGGGACAAUCAUCCCAUCCCCAUUCGCAUCUACACUCCCCGAGACCACUCACCUGAGACGAUCGUCAUAUUCUACCACUCGGGGGGCUUUGUGGUAGGAUCUCUGGACACCGAAGACAUCUCAUGUAGGCACAUGGCCCUUGGGGGCCCCAGCACAGUCAUCAGCGUUAACUAUCGGCUCAGCCCGGCGCAUCAAUAUCCGGUCCCAACCAAUGAUGGCUGGGAUGCGUUUGAGUACAUACUCCUAAGCAGUCUUUCCACCAUUGUGCAAAACCAUCGCGUUCCCGUCAAGGUGGUGAUCAGCGGAACCUCGUCGGGCGGACAGCUCGCCGCCAUCGUCUCGCAGAAAGCACGAGACUGGCUGCAAGGUCCGGAGAAUGCAGCCUCUGCGGCGAACAUUGUUCUGUGCGGAGUCCUGCUCCGAGCACCGGUGACGGUCCGUGGCGCGGAGCCUGCGUGUAUUCCACCGCUCUUCAGGGAUCUACAUCAGUCCUGGACUGAGGAGCUGGAGACUCAGAGACUGGAUCGAGCGGGCAUGGCAGAAAAUCACGAUGCCCUCGGGGUUCCUUGUGCCGAAAGAACUCGGCCUGAGGCAUACCCUCUCUGGGGCCGGUUUGACGGGCUGCCGAAGACGUAUAUCCAGGUGUGCGAUGUCGAUAUCCUCCGUGACGAUGCUGUGUGCUAUGCGCGAGGUCUACGGGACGCGGGGGUAAAAGUGCGUCUGUCCACGUACACGAGGGCGGAACUACUGACACUUAAGGAGACGUCUAGUAGUACCGACGAGGCUAGCUAG